AUGGACGCCGCUCGCAAGUUAUUCAAUUCCGGAACUGAGUCUGACUUCCUCGCAGCACUAGCCCUCUAUCCUGCUUUGUCAAGAGCGGUUUACGAGGCGAAGGGUCAAAAUGUGCUGCAGCUAGAUGCUGACAACGAGUUCUCAGUGCGAACAAGGUCGUCUUCAGAAGUAUUGACGGUGGUACCUACUCGUCAAGUUCUAUCCUUGGUGGUCCAGUGGAAAUUGCGUCGAGGCACGUUCAGACCCGGCUUACUACAGAAGGCGGAAAGCAAUACCGAUGCAAAAUUGGCCGAUGCGUGGCGAAAGGCGGCGAAGGCGAUGCUCGAUGAAAGAGGGAAAACACCAGGCGAAGAAGCGGAGAAUAAGGAGCGGAGAACGGUAAUUAAGGACGCACUAUUUCUGAGACUGUCUGAGUACGCGUUGGGUCAUUUUGAUGCUAAAAUUGAAGGCCCGUGGGUUUGCUCCUCCACUGCCAAUGAAUUUCGUCGUCAUCAGUAGGAGUCAGAAUGUAAUUUUUCGUGCACGGGUGUGUGAUUCAUCUGAUUCUUCACAUCUUCAUUACGUUUCUUUCAACUACCGCACCUUCAGGCUGUCGCCCUUGCAGGAAUUAAAGCCAUUGACAAGGAGCUGUUCGGCGUUGGUCCCGCAACGGCUUCCGUUUUGCUGGCCAGAGUGCUACCUGAAUUCGUAGCCGUCAUGUCGGACGAAGCGCUUUUGGCUAGUGGUCUCUUCGACUCAAAGGGAGCACUCAAGUAUGACGCAAAAACCUUCUCAAAGUUAAAUAUUCUGCUACUCGAAAAGGCUCAAGAGCUCACCAAAUCUGGCGGGAAGAAGACAACAUGGGUUGUAGAUGAUGUGCAACGAGCCUUGUGGGCUGCGUUCCGAGCGGAUGGCGUGGCGGGGGCAGACACCACAACAAGUCAGAAGAACUUGAACGCAGGAGAAGCCCUACUUUAUAAAGGAACUUGCCCGAGAAGUGAUGAGGAUUUCCUUGCAAGAUUCGGUCUCAAACUCAGAGACGUGCCUGCACAAGGGGAUAAGGACACUGGGAAAAAGUCACCGAAGGCAAAAACUGAAGCUAAGGUCGCAAAAGCAGCCGGAAAGACUGCUUCGAGAGCAAAGCCGAAAGCGAAAGACGGAGUUUCAAAAGUUGCGGUACCAGCAAAGAAAGUAAAAAAAUGAUCGGCGAUUUUGACGUCCAAGGAACCUGAAAAGUGAAGAACAAGCUCUGAAAAGAUCAUCGUCUUCAUGAUAUUGAUUUUGAUAUUCAUUUACCAGAAU